AUGUCUAACGGUUCAGACCCUCCUACCCCUCCUCCUUCUUCUGUGUCCACGAUGGUCAAUGCCUUUCAUUCGGCUUUGAGUGUCACAAACAUUCGUGGCCUUGUUUCUCUGGUCCUUGACAUUAACAAGGUAAAAUACUCUCCAUGGGCUACACUCUUCCGCACCCAUGCCAAAGUCUUCAAUAUUCUCGAUCAUAUUGACCCUACCGUAGCCCGUCCUACGAAUCUCGGUGACGAGAUGUGGGAACGACUUGAUGCCACCGUUCUCCAGUGGAUUUAUGGCACUAUUUCAACCGAUCUCCUGUACAAAAUUCUGGAUGAGAAGGCUACAACUAGGGUGGCUUGGGAUAAUCUUUGUAACCUUUUCCAGAAUAACAAAGGUAGUCGGAUUGUGCAUCUCGAGAACCGUUUUGGUUCUAUCAAGCUUCAGAAUUGCGCGUUGCUGGAUGAUUAUUGUUCUCAGUUGAAGGAUGUAUCGGACCAACACUACAACAAAACGGAAAAAUUCCGACCAUCCUAA